ACGAAACUCCGAUGAAGUCAGAGCCCCUUACCCGCCGCUGCGGCCAGGCCCCCCAACAUGGACUGUCUCUGUAUAGUGACAACCAAGAAAUACCGCUACCAAGAUGAAGACACGCCCCCUCUGGAGCACAGCCCGGCCCACCUCCCGAACCAGGUAAACGCCCCCGAGCUGGUGCACGUGGCGGAGAGGAACUUGUCCCACCUCGAGGCUGUCCACGGGGUCGUGGGCCACGCCCACCUCUCCCCCCUCAAGGCCAAUUCUCCCCCUGUGAUUGUCAACACAGACACCCUAGAAGCCCCAGGAUAUGUGAACGGGACCGAGGGGGAGAUGGAAUACGAGGAGAUCACAUUGGAAAGGGGUAACUCAGGUCUGGGCUUCAGCAUCGCAGGUGGCACUGACAACCCACACAUCGGGGAUGACCCAUCCAUUUUCAUCACCAAGAUCAUUCCUGGCGGGGCUGCUGCCCAGGAUGGCCGCCUCAGGGUCAACGACAGCAUCCUGUUUGUAAAUGAAGUGGACGUGCGGGAGGUGACUCACUCAGCGGCGGUGGAGGCCCUCAAAGAGGCAGGCUCCAUCGUCCGUCUCUAUGUCAUGCGCCGGAAGCCCCCAGCUGAGAAGAUCAUGGAGAUCAAGCUCAUCAAGGGGCCUAAAGGUCUUGGCUUCAGCAUCGCAGGGGGCGUGGGAAACCAGCACAUCCCAGGCGAUAAUAGCAUCUAUGUAACAAAGAUCAUUGAAGGGGGUGCUGCCCACAAGGAUGGGAGGUUGCAGAUUGGAGACAAGAUUUUGGCGGUCAACAGUGUGGGGCUAGAGGAUGUCAUGCAUGAGGAUGCUGUGGCAGCCCUGAAGAACACGUAUGACGUUGUCUACCUAAAGGUGGCCAAGCCCAGCAAUGCCUACCUGAGUGACAGCUAUGCUCCCCCAGACAUCACAACCUCUUAUUCCCAGCAUCUGGACAACGAGAUCAGUCACAGCAGCUACCUGGGCACCGACUACCCCACAGCCAUGACCCCCACUUCUCCGCGGCGUUACUCCCCAGUGGCCAAGGACCUACUGGGGGAGGAAGACAUUCCCCGAGAACCGAGGCGAAUUGUGAUCCACCGGGGCUCCACAGGCCUGGGCUUCAACAUCGUGGGUGGCGAGGACGGUGAAGGCAUCUUCAUCUCCUUUAUCCUGGCCGGGGGCCCUGCAGACCUCAGUGGGGAGCUGCGGAAGGGGGACCAGAUCCUGUCGGUCAAUGGCGUUGACCUCCGCAAUGCCAGCCACGAGCAGGCUGCCAUUGCCCUGAAGAAUGCGGGUCAGACAGUCACAAUCAUCGCUCAGUAUAAACCAGAAGAGUACAGCCGAUUUGAGGCCAAGAUCCACGACCUUCGGGAACAGCUCAUGAACAGCAGCCUGGGCUCAGGGACAGCCUCCCUGAGGAGCAAUCCCAAAAGGGGUUUCUACAUCAGGGCCCUGUUUGAUUAUGACAAGACCAAGGACUGCGGCUUCCUGAGUCAGGCCCUGAGCUUCCGCUUUGGGGAUGUUCUGCAUGUAAUCGAUGCUAGUGAUGAGGAGUGGUGGCAGGCGCGGCGGGUCCACUCUGACAGUGAGACUGAUGACAUUGGCUUCAUCCCCAGUAAACGGCGGGUCGAGCGACGGGAGUGGUCAAGGUUAAAGGCCAAGGAUUGGGGCUCCAGCUCUGGAUCACAGGGUCGAGAAGAUUCAGUGCUGAGCUAUGAGACAGUGACACAGAUGGAAGUGCACUAUGCCCGCCCCAUCAUCAUCCUUGGGCCCACCAAGGACCGCGCCAAUGAUGAUCUUCUCUCCGAGUUCCCGGACAAGUUUGGAUCCUGUGUUCCCCAUACAACACGGCCCAAGCGGGAGUAUGAGAUAGAUGGCCGGGAUUACCACUUUGUGUCGUCUCGGGAGAAAAUGGAGAAGGACAUUCAGGCACACAAGUUCAUCGAGGCCGGCCAGUACAACAGCCACCUCUAUGGGACCAGCGUCCAGUCCGUGCGAGAGGUGGCGGAGCAGGGGAAGCACUGCAUCCUCGAUGUCUCGGCCAAUGCCGUGCGGCGGCUGCAGGCGGCCCACUUGCACCCUAUCGCCAUCUUCAUCCGCCCCCGUUCCCUGGAGAAUGUGCUAGAAAUUAACAAGCGGAUCACAGAGGAGCAAGCCCGCAAAGCCUUCGACAGAGCCACCAAGCUGGAGCAGGAGUUCACAGAGUGCUUCUCAGCCAUCGUGGAGGGUGACAGCUUUGAGGAGAUCUACCACAAGGUGAAGCGCGUCAUCGAGGACCUCUCAGGCCCCUACAUCUGGGUCCCAGCCCGAGAGAGACUCUGAUUCCUGCCCUGGCUUGGCCUGGACUCGCCCUGCCUCCAUCACCCGGGCCCUUGGUCUGGACUGAAUUGCCCAAGCCCUUUGCACCCCCUGGCCUCCCUCCCACUCCUUCUUAUUUAUUUCCUUUCUAACCGGAUCCAGCCCAUUGGAGGGGGGACACUCCUCUGCAUGUAUCCCUGCACCCCAGACCUGGGCUUCUGAACCCCAGGAACCUGGAGUCUGGGGGGGGAGCUGGGCUCCUGGUUCCGAGCCUUGCUCCUUAGGACCCCUACUCCUGCCCGCCCCCAAUGCACACAGACCUACCGGGGGCCACCCGCCCUCUCCCAUCUUCUCCCACACACAUUCCAGAAGUCAGGGCCCCCCUCAAGGAGCACCCGCUGCAGGGAUGCAGGGCCACAGGCCUCCGCUCUCUCCUGAGGCAGGGGCUGGGGUCACUCCUGCCACCAUCAUGACUCCCCAUGCCCCUUGAUUUCUCAUUUAUUUUUUCCAUUUUUUUCCUUCUCAAAGGUGGUUUUUGGGGGGAUAUGUAGGGGGACUCCACUGUGGGCCCCCUGCCUUCCACAUGCUCCCCACCUUUUUUCUUUGCUGGUUUGCAUGAGUGGAAGGUUUAACUGUGGCUUUUUUUUU